AUGACGUCAUUCCGCUGGCUACUUAUGGUGGAAAAUGAGCAUAAACAGACCAUUCCUGCAUUUGAAAAAGGACCAUACGACAUUGGUGGCCUGUGUGGAUUUUUACGUUUGGAUGCUGAUUUCAUAGAAGGACAUAACCUUCUGCUAUUAGGUUCGGCAGGAACCGGCAAAUCAUUUGUUAUCAAUGAAAUUGCCAAAAGCUUGAAGAAGAUCGGUAAAAAUCAUGUACUCAAAAACAUAUACAAUGUUGACACUAUAAUUGUUGAUGAAUGCUCAAUGAUAAUUCAACAAGUUUUUGACAGUAUAAAUUGUGUUUGUAAAAUUGAAGACCAAAGUCGUGAUUUUGGAGGUAUACAGAUAAUUUUUUGUGGUGAUUUCCUCCAGUUACCACCAGUUGCCAGUCCAUCAUAUGGUGAUGAAGGAAAGUAUUGUUUUGAGUCUGAUAAUUUUAAGAAGACAUUCCCCCACAGAGUCAUUUUAACUGAGAUAGUAAGACAAAGUGAGGAGCAGUUCAUUACAGCAAUUAAUGAAGUAUACCAGGGACUGGCAACAAAGAUGUCUACAAUUUCUGCUCCUCAUGUAUUAUGGCUGAAAGUUGGUUGCCCACUUAUUUUAUUGAGAAAUUUAUCAGACAAACUUGUCAACGGUCUCCAGGGAUAUGUAAAGGAUAUUCUUGAUGAUGGAUCUGUUCAUUUUCCAACAGCCAACAUGACAAAAAGGAUACCAAAAUUUAGAUAUAUCUAUGUUUCAGUUUACAGUCCAAGGCUUAAUACUGAUAUAGCUGUAAGAGAGCAGUAUCCACUAAAACCUGCAUUUGGACUUACCAUACAUAAGGCACAAGGAAUGACACUAAACCGAGCAGAAGUUGACUGCAGAGAUAUAUUCAGGCCUGGUCAACUUGGUGUAGCAAUGUCACGUGUAACUACAUCUGCAGGUCUAAGGGUCAUCAACUAUCACCCUAGAUACAUCAUACCUCCACCUCAGACUGUUAAAGAUUUUGUUAAUGAGGCAUCACAACCAGCUUUCCCUGACUUAACAUGUUGCAGAAACUCACACAGGUAUUUAUGCUUAUAUAAAAUUCAUGAUGAAAAUAUUUAUUCUACUUCAUCUUAAAUUGAUGAACUAUGUCAUCACCAGGUUUUUACUGUAAAUAG